AUGACCGAACCAGGCCGCGGCAGAUCCGCUCUUGUCCUUUAUGGGACAGAAACCGGCACGGCCCAGGACCUCGCUGAAGAGAUCGGCCGCACGCUGGAAAGGCUUCAUUUCUACACGGAUGUCUUGGGAUUAGACGCUGUCAAUUACGGCCUCCUCCACCAAUACACUCUGACAGUCUUCGUCGUUGCCACGACUGGACAGGGUGACUUCCCCGAGAAUGCUCGAAGAUUCUGGACCAGCCUUCUCCGCAAGAAGCUCGCGGCCACCACUCUGGCAGGCGUUGAUUAUGCGCUUGCCGGCCUCGGAGACACCUCGUACCCAAAGUUCAACUGGGCCGCACGGAAGUUGGAUAAGAGGCUUCGGCAGCUUGGGGCGUCGCCAAUCGUCGAGCCUUGCGAGGCCGAUGAGCAAGGUGACGAGGGAACGGAUGGCGCCUUUCUGACCUGGCUUCUUUUGUUUCGAGAGACUAUAUUGAAGACCUUUCCUCUUGCCGAUCACCAGAGCCCAAUCCCGAAUGAUAUCCUGCUGCCAAGUAAAUGGCGUCUAGAAAAGAUAUAUGAACCCUUCAAUACGUCUGUUACCUCGCCAAUCGCCAACGGCAUUCAGCCGCCUUCCUCGGCUGCUGGACAGAACACUUCUUCUACUUCUUCGAACUCCUUCUCCGUAUCUUUGGAGUGUAACCAGCGAGUCACGCCACCGGAUCACUGGCAAGAUGUUCGAUUUAUGAGCCUCAAAGCAUCGACAAAAAUUGACUACAUGCCCGGCGAUGCUGUCGCCAUUUCUCCUCGAAACAUGCCUGUGGACGUGGAAUCUCUGAUCAAGCGCAUGAGCUGGCAAGAUAUUGCGGAUGUGCCUAUUCGGCUCGUGUCGACACGGCAGCCGUCUUGGGCUACUACCUGCUCAACCAAUCCUGCAACCAAUACGAUCUUCAGCCGUGCUGAUCUCACCCUCCGGGCUCUUCUCACCGAGUAUUUGGACAUCAACGCCAUUCCUCGCCGCUCGUUCUUCGGGUGCAUUGCCAACUACACCAGCAACAGCAUGCACAAGGAGCGACUCCUGGAGUUCACCGACCCGCAAUAUCUCGACGAAUACUACGACUACGCAACCCGUCCGAGGCGGAGCAUCCUCGAGAUUUUGCAGGAAUUCGAUUCCGUACAUUUGCCCUGGGAGGAAGUUAUCAAUAUCUUUCCACCAAUACGCCCAAGACAAUUUAGCAUUGCGAGUGGUGGACUCUUGAAAAGCGCAGAAGAUGGAUCGACCAAAUUCGAGCUGUUGGUCGCGAUUGUCAAGUACAGGACCGUUAUCAAGCGGAUUAGAGAGGGGGUAUGUACGCGGUACCUGGCGCAGCUGCCGGUUGGAACAACACUUCAGGUCUCGCUGAAAACAGAGGGCCGCUUCACCAAGGCCGCUGAUGAUUUGACCGGCCAGAGCCACGUCCUGAUCGGCGCCGGCACAGGCAUCGCGCCUCUCCGAGCACUCAUCCACGAAAAGGCCACCAACAGCAGCCGGGGCUUUUCGGGCGGCAAGACUGCGCUCUUCUUCGGCUGCCGCAACGAGAAAGCAGACUAUUUCUUCCACGACGAAUGGACCGCACUUCAAGCGGCCCAGAUGAUGCGCCCGAGCGACACCGCCAGUUUUCUCCAAGUCAUCCCGGCGUUUUCUCGAGAUCAGAGAUCCAAAGUCUACGUGCAAGACCGGAUUCGCGAGCGGGCCCAGUUGAUCUGCGACCUUCUCAGGAAGAAGGCGGCGACGGUCAUUGUGUGCGGGUCCUCUGGGCAGAUGCCCAAGGCUGUCAGGCAGGCUUUGGUCGAUGCGCUUAUUCGGCAAGGCAAAAGGAAGAAUGAGGACAAGGCAGUGAAUGGAGGUCGAAUGAGCAGUGAAGAGGAGGACGGUGGUAAGACCGAAGAGCCGGUACAGAGUGCAGAGGAUGCGGAGAAAUACCUCGCGAGGCUGGAGAAAGAAGGUAGAUACAAACAGGAGACGUGGUAG